AAAUGUUUUAUUGAAAACAAUAUGAAUAUUUUAAAUACAAAUAUAAUUAUUUUAUCUUUUGCAAUUAUAUAUUUGAAUAAAUUCGUUACUUCGAACGAAAUUUUCGAUAUUAAAAACCCUGGAAUCCCUGCGGUUACUAAUCAUAGGGGUCUAAGUUAUCGAGAAGAAUUAUAUAUCCCACUGCAGACUGCUCGUAUUACUAAAGUUACAAUCGGUUCUAAGGAUGUGUUUACUUGCGGAGAAGAACAAAACGUUGAAAAUCUUAUUGUUAUCUUUCAUGAUGAUGUAGAGAGACUAGUGCAUUUAUUAAUUAGAAAUCCGCAGGGAUACACAAACUUAUUUCUUGAAAAUAUUAAUGGAGCAUGGAGUCAAAUUGAAGAGACGGAUUAUGAAAACAUGAAAGCCCUCCUUAGGAAAAAUCUUAAAUUAGACAUAGCUGAAGAAUUUGAUAAUAAUACAUAUGAUAUUGUAAGACAUGAUUUGUAUGGAUUGCCGUCGUAUAUUAUUUCUUCUAAAUAUGAGUGCGAUUUAGUUGGAAUUUAUGAUAAUGGCCGUCCCAUUUGGGAACAAAAUAAUCAAAAUCAUAAAGCUGCAUUUGUGAUAGUUCACGGAGAGUUAAGUACAACAACUUUAGUUAAUGUCCUUGUUAAAGGUCAAGGAGAAUCAUAUAAUCGAUAUUAUACUAAGGUAGAUUCCGAUUGGAAAGAAAUACCAAAAGCACAUUUUUAUUUAACGUUAAAUACACUUGAUCUCGAAAUUCUUAUAAAUGAGGUGCAAAUAGAAUAAUGAAUUUUGCAAGAGUAUCAAAACUUUUAAAUCAAAUGUCAUACUGGUUUGAUAAUGUAUUUUCAGUUGAGAAAAAAUACAUAAAUUUUAAUUUUAUAUGGGUAUAAACAAUGAAAAUAAAAAUUAUAAGAUCAUUUUAAUAAUCGAUUUUAACCACACAUUUGAGAUAUUUCAAUACUUUAUGAUCCAGAAUAUCAGUAAGGGUCAUUAUUGUGGUGGAUUAAUAGUAAUAAUUUAUCAAUUAUUUUUUCAAAUAUUUAAAUAAUAAAUAAU